AGCCGCCCAAGUUAGCACCUUCACCAGCAGCUUUCUUGCUUGGAAAUCUCUGGUCUUCGAAGAUUCCUGCCCGUCGAGCAAAGAGGAACAUCUACGACUCGAAGCACAGAGAGGAGCAAGGCCACUUUGGUUCCAGGGACCAAAGCGUCGAAGCUGAUCUGCAUAUAGCAAAGUAGAGGCUUUGCAUUGCAGGAAAAGGAUGGCAGCUUCUCAUGGAAAUGCGAUCUUUGUUCUGCUGCUGUGCACCUUGUUUCUCUCGUCCUUUGCAUGUGACAGCGGUGGAGUGAAAUUUGGUUACACUGGUUCUGUUGGCCCUGCCUACUGGGGAAACCUGAGCUCCAACUUCACUCGUUGCUCGAAAGGAAAGCAGCAGUCGCCGAUCAACAUCAAGACUAGCGAGCUGGUUCAUGACCCGAAAAUGGAGCCACUCCAUAGGAAUUACACCGCUGCAAAUGCUACCCUCGUCGACAACAUCUUCAACAUCGCGCUGCGGUGUGGAGACGCUGCAGGGGCUGUGAGCAUUAACGGGAAGAAGUACACGCUGAAGCAGAUGCAUUGGCACUCUCCUUCUGAGCACACCAUCAACGGCCACAGGUUUCCACUGGAGCUCCACAUGGUUCACUCCGACGACAAUGGCAACAUCACCGUUGUGGCCUUCCUCUAUCGAUUCGGCAGGCCAGACCCGUUCUUCUCACAGAUUCAGGAUAAGCUGGCUCAGCUCUACGCAGAGGGCUGCAAGGCAGAGAAAGGCACCCCGCUUCCUGCCGGAUUUGUGAGCAUGCUGUCGCUGAGGCAGCACGUGCACAUGUACUACAGAUACGUCGGGUCACUGACCACGCCGCCGUGCGCCGAGAACGUGAUCUGGAACAUCCCUGCCAGGGUGAGAGAGAUGACGCAGCAGCAGGCUGCCGCACUGAUGGCUCCCCUGGAGGAAGGGUACCGGCGGAACAACAGGCCGACGCAGCGGACGAACGGCCGCACCGUGCAGCUCUACCACAGGUUCUGGGGGAACAAGAAGUCCCCGUAGGCUGCUGAAGAUUGAAGACGCGCCGGCGGCGUCCAUCCGGCCGAUGGAGAUCGGUGCGUGUGUUCUGGGGGGGCGUCCCUUAGCUUGUGUUGUGUCUUGUCCAGCAGUAGUUGUGUUUUCUGGAAGUAAUCGUGCAUUUGUGGCGUCUAGGUUUGCUUGUCAUUAGUUACCGGGCUAUACAUUGGCCUGGUUUAAUUUGCUACCGGUGUUAUAACUCUGAAGUUAUUUAGAAUAUGUCAUAUAGGGCUUUGAUUUCUGUUACAAGGGACUUUUUUUUUGUUCAUCUUACCAAAUGAAGAACAAGUUUCGCGUUGACGCACUGACCCAUUUCGAGCUCCAG